CCGGGAGUGGCCGCUCUAGGCAGCGGGGAGGUCGCAGAGUUGAGGGGUUUGGGAAAUGAGUGCGGCCUUUCCUCUAUGGUCGCGGGCAGGGGGCGAGCUCCGCACUCCCUCCUAGGUUACCUCCGGAAGUGAAGCCGCGACCUCCCCCUCUUCUUCCGCGGGGGUCCGUGUUGGGGGCGAUGGCCGGGUAGCACCCGGGAUGAAAAGAAUGAUUCCAUGAUGCUUUACAGCAGUUUCCUAAGUCUAGAAUUUUCCAUGUCUGUGGAUCCCAGAAUUUGCUGAGAGAUGGAGAAUCCUCAAAACAAUGACCUGAACACCGUGGGUCCAGAGAGAGAAGACCCUCUCGGAAACACCAGCCCUCAGAUUUCUGUCAGUGAAUUCUCAUGCCACUGCUGUUACGACAUCCUGGUGAACCCCACCACCCUGAACUGCGGGCAUAGCUUCUGCCGGCACUGCCUAGCUUUGUGGUGGGUAUCAUCGAAGAAAACAGAAUGCCCGGAAUGCAGGGAGAAAUGGGAAGGCUUCCCCAAAGUCAACAUUCUCCUCAGAGAUGCUAUUGAGAAGUUAUUUCCUGAUGCCAUUAGAAUGAGAUUUGAAGACAUUCAGCAGAAUAAUGACAUAGUCCAAAGUCUUGCAGCCUUUCAAAAAUAUGGAAACGAUCAGAUUCCUUUAGCUCCCAACCCAGGCCGAGUGAAUCAGCAGCGAGGUGGGGGCUUCUUUUCUGGAGUGCUCACAGCUCUAACUGGCGUGGCAGUAGUCCUGCUUGUGUACCACUGGAGCAGCAGGGAAUCUGAGCACGACCUCCUGGUCCACAAGGCUGUGGCCAAAUGGACGGCAGAAGAAGUUGUCCUCUGGCUGGAGCAGCUGGGCCCUUGGGCCUCCCUCUACAGAGACAGGUUUUUAUCUGAAAGAGUAAAUGGAAGAUUACUUUUAACCUUGACAGAGGAAGAAUUUUCAAGAGCACCCUAUACCAUAGAAAACAGCAGCCACAGAAGAGCCAUCCUCAUGGAGCUGGAGCGUGUCAAAGCGCUAGGCGUGAAGCCCCCUCAAAAUCUCUGGGAAUAUAAGGCUGUGAACCCAGGCAGGUCCCUGUUCCUGCUGUAUGCCCUCAAGAGCUCCCCGAGACUCGGUCUGCUGUACCUGUACCUGUUUGACUACACAGACACCUUCCUGCCCUUCAUCCACACCAUCUGCCCUCUGCAGGAGGACAGCUCUGGGGAGGACAUCAUCACCAAGCUGCUGGAUCUGAGGGAGCCCACCUGGAAGCAGUGGAGAGAGUUCCUUGUCAAGUACUCCUUCCUGCCAUACCAGCUGAUUGCGGAAUUCGCCUGGGACUGGCUGGAGGUCCACUACUGGACAUCGCGGUUUCUCAUCGUCAAUGCCAUGUUACUCUCAGUUCUCGAAUUAUUCUCUUUUUGGAGGAUCUGGUCCAGAAGUGAGCUGAAGACAGUGCCUCAGAGGAUGUGGAGCCAUUUUUGGAAAGUGUCAACACAGGGGCUUUUCGUGGCCAUGUUCUGGCCCCUCAUUCCUCAGUUUGUGUGCAACUGUUUGUUUUAUUGGGCCCUAUACUUCAACCCAAUUAUUAACAUUGAUCUCGUAGUCAAGGAAGUUCGACGGCUGGAAACCCAAGUGUUGUGACUGGCGCUGCCCCAGCUCUAAGAGACGACUCAGACCUCCCAGAGCGGGGAGUGACCGAGUGGACUUCCUGUUUUCUACCCCAGUAAAACAAGGUGCUGCUUUGUAUGUCAAAGGCUUCAACCAGGUCCUCUCUCCUGCCAUGGCCCUGUGGUGACAGAGACUGAUAACCAGUACAAGAAGGACUCUCUGUUCGGCCCACAGCAGAAGCACCUCCCACCCAGCCACCCUUUUCACGAGACCAUGGCAGGCUCAGGCCCGAUGGCUGGCAGGACUCGGGGUCCUCAGAGGACACAGUGCAGGUGAUGUGCAGAGGCCAUCACAUCAGCAGUCCCCUUUGCCCUAACCUCAGUAACUGACAGGCUCCCAGAGCCUGAGACCAGGCUUGUUGGGGCCAGGCCCAUCCUGUAAGUCAAGUUUAAGAAAACAGGGAUAGAAAUUUUGUCAUAGGCCUAGGUUGUUCCACAUACAAAGGACAGAGGAAAACCCAGAAUUCGAUCACCUGUUCUCUCCUGAUGAGUAGUUGUUAGGUUUUGGAGUAAACCUCAAGAAGGAUUCAGUGUGAGAUGAGAAUGAUGGUGAACUCGUCCUCACUAUUUGCUGUUCUGCAAUCACUGGAAGUUUGGACCCCUCUUAGUGGAGGGAUUGAGUGGGAUGUCAGGCAGUUCAUGGCACGUAAUUCCCAUCAGGCUAAGCUGCAUCAGGCUACUUAUGAGCAUUGUUUUGGAGUGCUUUUGUUUUGUUUUCAAGAAUUUAAUUUUUAAAUAAAUCUGGGAUAGUUUUUGUUCAAGGAAGCAUUUUAUAAAUUAACCUCACACUUUAUAAUGUAUAACUGUUAUUGUUCGGCCCUGACGCAUACACACAGAUAUCAUUACACCCAGUGCUAUAAUUAUAAAUGGGAGCAGGAUGAAGUACGGCCUUUCAUUUCCACCCAGUGUGAAAACAGCAGUGUGAUCUUACCAAGAUUGGCCUGGCUAGAAUGAGUCUGCAUGCAAAGCGCGUGUGUGUGACUCCAUGAACCAUUCACUAACCGUUUGUAUCUCUGCGUGCAGAUUUCACUCACACUUUGCAUCUGAAGGUUUGAAGAAAUUACUUGAAAUAAAGAUUUUUAUACAGAUAAAA